AUGGAGGAAGCAACAAGACCUGUACAUGUCCGGAUGACUGCAGAGGAGGGGGUCAUAGUUAAAGAAGGCACGCAAGUUAGAGGGACCCAGGCUGCACCUUUCGCUUUCUGUGUCAGUGGCUGGUGGGAAAGAAAAAGUAGACGCCAUUCUAUACAGCGCGUGCUGUACUAUGCACACUUGCAAGGAGAUAUUUGCCUUAGAAAACAAAAAAAAGGCAUUGGAUUGUACUGUUUUUUCCACCUUCAUUAUUUGCUUCUGCCUAGUAUUGCAGAAGUUCUUUUAGGUAUUGGAGUCGGCAUGCUGGUACGGGAAUAUGGCAAACUGUCUAACCUGGAUAAAUUCUACUUUUCCUUUCCUGGGGAAGUGUUGAUGAGAAUGCUCAAACUCAUCAUUCUGCCAUUAAUCAUAUCAAGUAUGAUCACAGGUGUUGCUGCUUUGGAUUCCAGCGUUUCUGGGAAGAUUGGUUUGCGAGCCGUCAUAUAUUAUUUCUGCACUACAGUCAUUGCUGUAAUACUAGGGAUUGUCUUAGUUGUGACCAUUAAACCCGGAGUGCCUCAAACAGCAAACGAGAUCGACAGAGUGGGCAGUACUCCAGAAGUCAGUACUGUUGAUGCCAUGCUGGAUCUGAUCAGGAAUAUGUUCCCAGAAAACCUUGUCCAGGCUUGUUUUCAACAGUAUAAAACUAAGCGUGAAGAAGUUGAAGCUACAACUGAUGUGGAUAAAAAUAGCUCCACGUUUACAGAAGAACCUGUUACAACUGCUGCGACAGCAGAGGCUUCAGAGAAUAAAACCCAAGAAUACAAAGUUGUGGGCAUGUAUUCUGAUGGCAUCAAUGUGCUGGGGUUGAUCGUCUUUUGUCUUGUUUUUGGAGUGGUUAUUGGGAAAAUGGGAGAGAAAGGACAAGUACUGGUGGAUUUUUUCAAUGCACUGAACGAAGCUACAAUGAGAAUAGUUCAGAUAAUUAUGUGGUAUAUGCCAAUUGGUAUCGUAUUUUUAAUUGCUGGGAAGAUAAUAGAAGUUGAGGACUGGGAAAUCUUUCGUAAACUGGGUCUUUAUAUGGCCACAGUACUAAGUGGACUUGCAAUCCAUUCCACUAUAAUUCUGCCACUGAUCUACUUAAUAAUAGUAAGGAAAAAUCCUUUUCGGUUUGCCAUGGGGAUGGCUCAGGCACUUCUGACGGCCCUCAUGAUUUCUUCCAGUUCGGCAACUUUGCCUGUCACCUUCCGCUGUGCGGAAGAAAAAAACUGCAUCGACAAAAGAAUUACCAGGUUCGUUCUUCCAGUUGGAGCUACCAUCAACAUGGACGGCACAGCUCUUUACGAAGCAGUAGCGGCUGUAUUUAUUGCACAACUCAAUGACUUAGAACUGGAUAUUGGCCAGAUAGUUACCAUUAGUGUCACAGCUACAGCAGCCAGCAUCGGUGCUGCAGGCGUCCCCCAAGCCGGACUUGUCACCAUGGUGAUUGUACUGAGUGCCGUCGGCCUGCCUGCCGAAGAUGUUACUCUCAUCAUUGCAGUUGACUGGCUUCUGGAUCGAUUCAGAACAAUGGUGAAUGUCUUGGGAGAUGCCUUUGGUACAGGGAUAGUGGAGAAGCUCUCUAAAAAGGAGCUGGAGCAGAUGGAUGUCACCUCUGAAGUCAACAUAGUCAAUCCUUUUGCCAUGGAAACAACAGUACUUGAUAAUGAUGAAACAGAGACCAAGAAAUCGUACGUCAAUGGAGGCUUUGCUGUAGAUAAGUCUGACACCAUAUCCUUCACGCAGACAUCCCAGUUCUAGAGACAGUAGCUUUCAGGUAAAACAGGAGCACUAAAGGACAUGGCCAUAUGCAAUAUCUCAAAAAGCUUAAAGGAUGAUUGAUAAUGAAUUAAAACUCACAU